CUGUCCAUAGUCUGCUAUUAAUCAUAAUCAUCCUUAAUUAAACUCAAAUUAUGAAAUCCUUAGAUAUCGAAAACCAUCAACUAGAUCAACAGCUGCCCAUCACCACCGCCGCCGCCGCCGCUAAAAAGGCCAAAAAACUUACUCUCAUUCCUCUAAUAUUUAUAAUCUACUUUGAAGUAGCCGGCGGUCCGUACGGCGAGGAACCCGCCGUGGCAGCUGCAGGUCCACUUUACGCCCUUCUAGGGUUUCUAAUAUUUCCAUUCAUAUGGAGUAUUCCCGAAGCUCUCAUCACAGCCGAGCUUUCCACCACCUACCCCGGCAACGGCGGGUUUGUCAUCUGGGCUGAUCGCGCAUUUGGUCCGUUUUUCGGGUCACUAAUGGGAUGCUGGAAAUACCUAAGCGUCGUGAUCAACAUCGCCGCGUUUCCAGUUCUCUGCAUCGAUUACAUGAAGAAUGUUUUCCCGGUGCUGGGCUCCGGCUGGCCACGUAAGGUUUCACUGGUCGGUUCAAGUUUGGUUUUAUCUUUUCUGAAUUAUACUGGUUUAGCCAUUGUUGGUUAUUUUGCUGUUUUUCUUGGUAUAGUUUCACUGUUACCGUUCGUAAUUAUGUCUGUGAUGGCGAUUCCUAAAAUUCAACCGCAUAGAUGGAUUAGUUUAGGUGACAAACAUGUUAAAAAAGAUUGGACUUUAUAUUUUAAUACGCUGUUCUGGAAUUUGAAUUUCUGGGAUAAUGUUAGUACUUUAGCCGGUGAAGUUGAAAAACCAAGAAAAAUAUUCCCAAUAGCUUUAUUUACUGCAGUCAUCUUCACUUGUUUGUCGUAUUUUAUUCCGCUUCUCGCCGUGAUCGGAGCAGUUUCAGUGAGUCAAACCGAGUGGCAGUCGGGUUUUCAUGCAACCGCGGCUGAGCUUAUUGCCGGAAAAUGGCUAAAAUAUUGGAUAGAAGUCGGAGCUGUGUUGUCGGCUAUAGGUUUAUAUGAAGCACAAGUGAGUAGCAGUGUUUAUCAGCUGCUUGGUAUGGCUGAUUUAGGAUUUUUGCCUCAGUUUUUUGCUAAAAGGUGCAAAGUGUUUAAUACUCCUUGGGUUGGGAUAUUAUUGUCAACUUUGAUAAUUAUAGGGGUGUCAUUCUUGGAUUUUACUAAUAUAAUAUCCUCAGCUAAUUUCUUAUACAGUUUAGGGAUGUUAUUAGAAAUUGCAUCUUUUCUUUGGCUCAGAUGGAAACAGCCGGAUAUUAACAGGCCUUAUCGCAUUCCGAUGAGUCUACCGGCAUUGAUUGCAAUGUGCUUGGUACCGACCGUGUUUUUAAUUCUAAUAAUGGCGGUUGCUACCAGGAUAGUGUAUUUAAUAAGCGGUUUGAUGACCGUUGGUGCCAUUGGAUGGUAUUUUUUAAUGAAACUUUGCAAGUCGAAGAAGCUGUUUGUGUUUGGCCGGAAGCAAAAUUUCGAAGAUUGAUGAUCAUUCAAGAAUUAUAAAAGGGGAAUCAAAGAACCGUUUUUCGAAUUUUUAGAUUAUUUUGUUGGAGAGCCAAUUGUAGUUAAUUUUUUU